AAUAAACGUCCUCCGCCCUGCCCUGUCUGCUCAGUGAUGGGCCAGUGAGGAUGCACGACACUCCUGUAACUUUUUCUUUUGUUUUCAUUCACAUUUAGUCCUUCUCAUCCCGUCUGCUGCCAUGUUGCGGGUUGUGGUGGAGUCGGCGAAAGGUCUGCCCAAAAAGAAAUUGGGACUCCCUGAUCCAAUCGUCACUGUGAUUUUUAAAGAUGAGAAGAAGAAAACCAAAUCGAUUGACAGUGAGCUGAACCCUGUCUGGAACGAGGUGCUUGAGUUUGAUCUGAAGGGCAUUGCGUUGGACUAUCACGCCUUCAUAGACGUGAUUGUGAAAGACUAUGAAACUAUUGGGAGCAAUAAAUUCAUUGGGUCAACAAAAAUCCCUCUGAAAGAUCUUGCCUCGGGUCAAAUGAGAUCACUUCCAUCCAAAAAUGUUCCUCUGGUCAAUGAAAGUGGACAGGGUAUUGGUGCUUCGAUCGACCUUGUGAUUGGCUACGAUCCUCCUGCAAAUUCUGCACCGAACCCCAAUGACUCUCAGGAAGGAGACUCCACGGUGGAUGCUGGCGGUGGUGGUGGUGGUGGUGGUGACGGAGGGGAUGAGACUCAACCUGAUGGAGGCCAGAGUGGCUCCACAGGGGGUCCCACGUCCCCCGGACAGUCCGUUAACAUGCGUCAGAAGAUUGCCAGAGCACAGAAUCGCCACCGACUAGUCAAUAAACCGCAGGACUUCCAGAUUCGCAUAAGAAUCAUCGAGGCCCGUCAGCUGUCCGGCAACAACAUCAAACCGGUGGUGAAGGUUAGCGUGUGCGAUCAGACCCACAGGACCAGGAUCAAGAGGGGAAACAACCCCUUCUUUGACGAGAUGUUCUUCUACAACGUCCACAUGCUACCAUCGGAUCUGUUUGAUAAGCACAUCAGCUUCAGGGUCUAUAACUCAUAUUCACUGAGGGCUGACAGUCUCAUGGGAGAAUUCAAGCUGGACGUUGGUUACGUUUACGAUGAACCAGCCCACUGUGUCCUGAGGAAGUGGCUCCUGUUGAAUGACCCUGACGACUCGAGCUCGGGGUCUAAAGGUUACCUGAAAGUCAGCCUCUUCGUGGUGGGGGCUGGAGACGAGCCUCCGGUGGAGAAGAGGGAUUCAAAUGACGAUCAGGACGACAUAGAGAGUAAUCUGCUGCUGCCGGCUGGUGUGACGCUGCGAUGGGCCACCCUGUCCCUGAAGGUGUUCAGAGCUGAAGAUGUUCCCCAGAUGGACGAUGCAUUCGUGCAGAGCAUGAAGGAGAUAUUCGGAGGAAAUGAAAACAAGAAGAACCUGGUGGAUCCUUUCUUAGAGGCUCGCUUUGCUGGCAAAAAGCUGUGCACUCAGAUCAUUGAGAAGAACGCAAACCCAGAGUGGAACCAAGUGCUGAACCUCCAAGUCAAGUUCCCCUCCAUGUGUGAGCGGGUCAAGCUGACAGUCUUUGAUUGGGAUCGUUUGACAGGAAAUGACGCUAUUGGCACCACGUACCUGAAUCUGUCCAAGAUAGCCUCUUCUGGUGGAGAGAUAGAAGAGGAACAUGCAGGAAGUGGGGAAAUCCCGUCAUACGAAGCUAACACAGGACAGUCUGAGGUGGGUUUCCUUCCCGUCUUCGGGCCGUGCUACGUCAACCUGUACGGCAGCCCGCGAGAGUUCAGCGGCCUGCCGGACCCCUACGAGGAUCUCAACUAUGGAAAGGGAGAAGGAGUGGCAUACAGGGGCAGGGUCCUGGUGGAGCUGUCCACUAAACUGGAGGGGAAAGCGGACAAAACGGUAGACGGCAUCCACAGCGACGACAUCCUGGUGGUGCAGAAGUACCAGCGGAGGAGGAAGUACAGCCUGUGUGCAGUCUUCCAUAGUGCCUCCAUGAUACAGGAACCAGGAGAGCCGAUCCAGUUUGAGGUCAGCAUCGGUAACUACGGCAACAAAUUGGACACCACUUGCAAACCGCUGGCCUCCACCACUCAGUAUAGCUGUGCUGUGUUUGAUGGUAACCACUACUAUUACCUCCCCUGGGCGGACACUAAGCCGGUGGUUGUGGUUCUCUCUUUCUGGGAGGAUGUCAGCCACCGCCUGGACGCUGUCAACAUCAUCCUCUACAUCACUCACCGCCUGCAAGCCAACCUGGAGCUGUUUAAAACCGCCAUUCUGGCUAAAGUCUACGACAACAAACUCGCAGAGGUGUGGCUGAAGUUGCUCAAUCAGCUGAUUGAAGACCUUGAAAGUCUCACAACACCGGAGCUGGAGGGCCGCUCCAACCUGACUUCUCUGGACUUCCAAAUCAAGAAGCUUCGCGACAGCACUCUGAAAACAAUCCUGGAGGGAUCCAGAUGCAUGAGGGAGGAGGCCAGAGAGAUCGCUGACACUCUGCCCGACUUAGAGUCUUGGGCGGAGAAACUCCAACAGCUGGCUGAUGAGCCCCAGAACAGCAUGCCGGAUGUGAUCAUCUGGAUGUUACGGGGGGAGAAGAGAGUGGCCUACAGUCGCAUCCCCGCCAACGAAGUCCUUUACUCCACCUACAGCGAGCAGGCCUGCGGGCAGCACUGUGGCAAAACUCGGACUGUCUUCUUACAGUAUCCCAUGGACAAGAACAAGGGCAUGAAGGUGCCGGUUCAGAUCCGAGUGAACAUGUGGCUCGGUCUGUCUGCACACGAGAAGAAGUUCAACUCCUUCUCUGAGGGAACCUUCAGCGUGUUCGCAGAGCUGUAUGAGAACCAGGCCGCGGUGUUUGGGAAGUGGGGGACCACGGGACUAGUGGGGCGCCACAAAUUUUCAGACGUUACAGGCAAAUUGAAGCUGAAACAAGAGCACUUCAUGCCCCCGAGAGGAUGGGAGUGGGAGGACGACUGGUUCAUCGACCCAGAGAAAGCUCUCCUAACAGAGGCAGAUGCUGGACACACUGAGUUCAUGGACGAGGUGUUCAAAAAUGAGAGUCGCUUCCCCGGUGGACAGUGGAAGGACGCCUCGGAGCCCUUCACUGAUGUGAAUGGAGAGAAGAGCCGGAACACUGAGGAGUUCGAGCUUCCUCCAGGUUGGAUGUGGGAGGACAAGUGGUCCGUGGAUGUCAACAGAGCCGUGGAUGAUGAAGGAUGGGAGUAUGGAGUCACUAUUCCCCCAGAUGAUAAGCCCAAAUCAUGGGUCUCUGCAGAGAAGGUUUACCACGUCCACCGCAGGAAGAGGCUGUUCCGACCGCGCAAGAGAGCAGCACAGCCUGCAGGAGGCCCUGUACAGAGGAGGGACCAAGGUGACCCUGAAGGCUGGGAAUUCUCCUCUCUGAUUGGCUGGAAGUUCCACAGAAAGGAGCGUUCAGCUGAUACCUUCCGGCGAAGGCGCUGGAGGCGUAAAAUGGGGCCAGAGGACCUGUUAGGAGCGUCCGCGAUCUUCAAACUGGAGGGGGCGCUGGGCGUUGAUACCGAGGAGAAAGACUCCAAGUCAGACGUCGCCAAGCUGUUUGGUGCCAACACGCCCACUGUGUCCUGCUCCUUUGACAGGCCACACUUGUACCAUCUCCGUGUCUACGUCUAUCAGGCUCAGAACUUGACAUCUAUGGACAAAGACAGUUUUUCUGAUCCGUAUGCACACGUCUCCUUCCUGCACUUCAGUAAGACGACAGAGAAGCUGAAGGCUACCCUGAACCCGACCUGGGACCAGACUCUGAUCUUCAGUGAUGUGGAGAUUUACGGAGACCCUCGGAACAUCGCACAGCGCCCCCCUGAUGUGGUUCUGGAGUUCUACGACAACGACCAAGUUGGGAAGGAUGAGCUGCUGGGCCGCAGUGUUUGCACUCCAAUGGUGAAGCUGAAUGCCUCCAUCGAUCAGACUCCUAAACUCCUAUGGUACCCCAUCAUCCAGAAAGGUCAAAAGGCAGGAAAGGCCCUGCUGGCUGCAGAGCUCAUCCUCAAAGACAAGUCGGGCGAGUCCAACCUUCCUCUGCUUCCCUCAAAAAGGGCGGAGAACCUCUACAUGGUUCCUCAGGGCAUCCGGCCUGUGGUGCAGCUCACGGCUGUAGAGAUCCUGGCAUGGGGCCUGAGGAACAUGAAGCCAUACCAGCUGGCCUCCAUUUCCUCCCCCAGCCUGGUGGUGGAAUGUGGGGGGGAGAGGGUGCAGUCUGUCGUGAUCAAGAACAUGAAGAGGAGCCCAAACUUCCCGGGAUCUGUCCUCUUCAUGAAAGUGCUCCUACCAAAGGAGGAGAUGUACACCCCGCCCAUCGUGCUGAAGGUGAUCGACCACCGUCCGUUUGGCAGGACGCCGGUGGUGGGGCAGUGCACCAUCACCAGUUUGGAGCAGUUCAGAUGUGACCCGUACGUCAUCACUGCAGAGGGAGCCAUGUCUUCCAAAAUGGCUCUGAUGGCUUCUCCUUCCGGUCAUCUCGCUAUUAACAUGGAGGAGAGCAGACCACUGCUGGAAACUCAGCUUGUAGAGAAGGAAAAGGAGACCGUAGAUUGGUGGAGUAAAUUCUACGCUUCCACUGGAGACCAGCAGAAAUGCGGCCCGUACCUCAAAAAAGGAUACGACAUGCUCAAAGUGUAUGACUGCGAGCUGGAGGACGUCCCAGAGUUCAAAGGGCUGACUGACUUUUGCUGCACCUUCAAACUGCUGAGGGGCAAAAAUGAAAAUGGGGAUGAUGACCCCUCUGUGGUUGGAGAGUUUAAGGGUUCAUUCAAGGUGUACCCUCUGUCAGAUGACCCUGGUGUUGCCCCCCCUCCGCGUCAGUUCAGAGAGCUGCCAGAGAGCGGACCUCAGGAGUGUCUGGUCCGGAUUUACGUGGUCCGGGCCAUCGACCUGCAGCCCAAAGACAAUAAUGGCAGAUGUGACCCGUACAUAAAGAUCUCUCUGGGAAAGAACACGAUUGACGACAGAGACCAUUACCUACCCAACACCACCACCCCUGUGUUUGGAAGGAUGUUUGAGAUGACGUGUUUCCUGCCCCAGGAUAAAGACCUGAAAAUCUCCGUCUAUGACUACGAUCUCCUGACCCGCGACGAGAAGGUCGGCGAGUCCGUGAUUGACCUGGAGAACCGCUUCCUGUCCCGAUAUAACUCCUACUGCGGCCUGCCACAAACAUACUGCAUUUCUGGUAUCAACAAGUGGCGGGACCAGAUGAAGCCGUCAUUGAUUCUGGAGAACCUGGCUCGAAUGAAGGGCCUGUCCAAACCCAGGACCGAAGACAACGGCACAUCACUCGUCUUCAAUGAAGAAUACACUCUGGCUGAGUUUGAGAACACAAAGGAAAUCCACGAACACUUGGGUCCGUCCCGAGAGCGCCUCUGUCUGCACGUGCUCAGAAAACAGGGACUCGUCCCCGAACACGUGGAGACCCGGACCCUCUACAGCACCUUCCAGCCCAACAUCUCCCAGGGAAAGCUGCAGAUGUGGGUGGAUGUUUUCCCCAAAAGCAUCGGACCCCCUGGACCUCCCUUUGACAUCACACCACGCAAACCUAAGAAGUAUUUCCUGCGCGCCGUCAUCUGGAACACCACAGACGUGACUUUAGAUGAGGCCAGCAUCACAGGAGAGCACAUGAGUGACAUCUAUGUCAAAGGAUGGAUGCCAGGCAUGGAGGAUGACAAGCAGAAGACAGACGUCCACUACCGGUCUCUGGACGGAGACGGAAACUUCAACUGGAGGUUCGUGUUUGAGUUUGAGUAUCUGCCGGCUGAACAACUCUGCCUCGUGUCCAAGAAGGAGCGCUUCUGGAGUCUCGACAAAACAGAGUUCAGGACUCCCCCCAAGCUGAUCGUUCAGAUAUGGGAUAACGACAAAUUCUCAUUGGACGAUUACCUGGGCACGCUGGAGCUGGAUCUGCGUAAUCUGGUGCCUCCCGGGAAGACUCCAGAGAAAUGCUCUCUGAAGAUGAUGGAGGAUCAGGAAAUGGGAGCUCCAGUCAAGAAGGAGAACGCCAAGUGUCUGUUUUCCCAGCAGUCCGUCAGAGGCUGGUGGCCAUGCUCCAUCGAACAGGAUGGACAGAAGGUCCUGGGUGGCAAAGUGGAGAUGACUCUGGAGAUCGUAGGGGAAACAGAAGUAGAUGAAAAACCUGCAGGAAAAGGCCGGGACGACCCCAACAUGAACCCAAAACUGGACCCUCCCAAGCGCCCGGAAACCUCCUUCUUUUGGUUCACAAACCCAUGCAAGACCAUGAAGUUCAUCGUGUGGCGGCGGUUCAGGUGCCUCUUCAUCGGACUCCUCAUCCUCGUCAUAGUGCUGCUCUUCAUCGGCAUCCUGUUGUACUCGUUACCGAACUACAUCGCAAUGAAGUUAGUGAAACCGCAGCAAUAACCCGACAAUGGAGGCGGAGAAAUGGAACUGGAAAAUGGUCUACAGGAGGAUCACAUCGCUGCCAAACCCUGUCGAUAUCUUUUUAUUGCCUAUAGUAUUUUAUAAAGGUCUAAAUGGGGAAGGGGUGCUUGCACUUUUGCACUUACGUUAUCUUAUCAUGAACACGUGUACACCGCUCAACUGUGACAGACUUGUGAGCAAUACAAGCUGCUUUUAUCAGACACUGGGAAAACAGAAGCCCCUGUACGCUUUAGUGCAAUACAACCGUCCUAAUUCCACUUCAAAUGUUAAGAGAUUCACUUAUUGGAUUUUAGAUAGAGUGGUUGUGUUGUAGGGUGUCACUGAUGGUGUGUUAAUGAGGGGAUAAAUAAAUAACUAUUACAAAAAGAUAGUCUUUAUUAGGACUGCUGUUCUUUAUUGCAUUACUCUGUACAAGGGUUUCUAUUUUCUGCCUUCUGAAAUGUCAAAAACAAUGUAAGACUUAAGUCACCAACAGCCAUAAGUGUCUGUCUUUUUGUAUAUUAAAUUGUCACAGGUCUUUUUAAUUAAAUAUAUUAAAAAUGUUCUUCAAA